AGACGGUGCCGGGGAUCCGCGGUGUGAAGCUCCAGCUCCGGACCGGGACGGAAGACGCCGCGGCGGUCAGAGGAGCCGCGGGACGCCGCUGGGUGGACGGACUGCUGCAGCUGCGAUCAGGAACCUCCGUCUGCAGACCGACUUCCCGACCCGACGGCACGAUGAACCCGGCGCCGCCCGGCUCUCGCUCGCCCGGCUCUCGCUCGCCGGCCGACGUCCUGGAGGAGCUGCAGCUGAUCGCGGCUCAGAACCUGGAGACUCUGGACAUCAGCCGGUACUACCAGGUGGUCCGAGAGCUGGGCAAGGGAACCUACGGGAAGGUGGACCUGGUCAUCCACAAGAUCCGAGGCACCAAGAUGGCGCUGAAGUUGCUGAGGAAGAAGAGCACCAAGCUGAAGAGCUUCCUGCGGGAGUACAGCGUGUCGCUCUACCUGUCGCCCUGCCCCUUCAUCAUCAACAUGUUCGGCAUCGCCUUCCAGACUGACGACUUCUACAUCUUCGCCCAGGAGUUUGCGCCGGCGGGGGAUCUGUUCGACAUCAUCCCACCGCAGGUGGGACUCUCCGAGGCCGUGGCGAAGCGCUGCGUCCACCAGGUGGCCAUCGCCCUGGACUACCUGCACUGUAAGAAGCUGGUCCACCGGGACAUCAAGCCGGAGAACGUCCUCAUCUUCGACACCGAGUGCAGGAAGGUCAAGCUGUCGGACUUCGGCAUGACGCGGCGCGCCGGUUCUCCGGUGAAGCGCGUCAGCGGCACCAUCCCGUACACGGCGCCGGAGCUGUGCGACACGGCGCGUCACGACGGAUUCAGCGUGGACUUCAGCACCGACGUGUGGGCGUUCGGAGUGCUGCUGUUCUGCAUGCUGACGGGGAACUUUCCCUGGGAGAAAGCCAUGCACAGCGACGCCUUCUACGAAGAGUUCGUCCGCUGGCAGCGUCGUCGGUCCGGCGCCGCGCCGUCACAGUGGCGCCGCUUCACGGACGAAGCUCUGCGGAUGUUUCGCCGGCUGCUGUCCAUCGAGCAGCAGCGCCGCUGCGCCGUCAAAGAAGUCUUCAGCUACUUCAACCACAGCUGGAUGUUGGACACGGAGAACGGGAACGGCGGCGCGGCGACCUCCAACGCCGUGGACAUCAGCUCGUCUUCGUCGGAGGAGGACGCGCUGGUGGACAGGCUGAAGCAGCAGAGCCUGUCGCCCGUCUGCGCCUCGCCCAAGCCCGGCUUCAUGGACGCCCACUUCGCCUCAAACGGCGAGCGAGUCAACAGGAACAGCAACGAAAGGGGGCGGAUCCUGGUGACCACGCCCAUCGAGAUUUGCGUGUAGAGACGCAGCGCCGCUGCUGCCUGUUGGAGCGCGCGCCGACGCCGAAGAUUUCGCCGACGUGACGACGCCAUGACGGAAGAGCACCGGAAAAUGGCCGCCAGCUUGUUGUAGCUUCAGCGCCGAUCAGACACGACCGUUUCCGAUGACGGAGGAACCGGAGGAAAGUCAAACCGUGAGGUUCCCUCAGACCGGAAACCAGCAAAACCUGAACAUGGAAGAAACCAGGAAGCUGAGAAAGACGUGAUGAAAACUGUGACUCGUGUUUACCGUCGUGUUUCUGUGAAGUGAGUCUUUAUCGAUCAGAUUAAUAUAUUUAUGGAUUGUUUGUGACAGAAAAGAUCUGAAGUUUGUUUCCUUUAAAGGAAAUAAAAAUCUGUAGUUUGGUAGUAAAAUGGAGGCAGUAUCAUUUUGACGUUGUUUACCGUCUCAUGUUAAUCAACCACCAGUCCUCCCAGUUCGUCUCCCAGUUCGUCUCCCAGUUCGUCUCCCAGUUCGUCUCCCAGUUCGUCUCCCAGUUCGUCUCCCAGUUCGUCUCCCAGUUCGUCUCCCAGUUCGUCUCCCAGAACUUUUCUCACUUUGGACCUGAAAUGUGAAUUUCCUCUGAGGAAAAUAAAUUUGCAGUGAUAAAGUGUUAUUAAAAAGAAGGAAAGCAGAGAACGAUUUGGAUUUUUCUUUUUCUGUUCACUAAAUUAAAGAAGAAAUUAUUUGUGCUUUCUGUGAGAAACGGGACAGGAAAUGAUGUUUGUUUAAGCCGGAAGUGAAGCAAAUCAACGUGUUUCUGUUAAAAGCUUCCUGCCUCGUGGAAAAACGUUUUUCUUUUCGUUUCUGUGUUCCUUGCAUGAUGUUUCGUCUCUCUGGCAUUUGUGGAAAUAAAAACAACUUCCUGUC